GAGCUUGGGCUCGUACCCCGCUCCCCUAACCCCGCCCGCUCUUUACCUACGGGCCGUAGCUGGUCCGGUGGGCUCGCGGGGAGACGCUAGCGCGCGCACGCGCACAGGACGCGGAGCGGAGCGUGAGACAUCCAGGAGGGGAGUAAGCGGCGUCCGAGGAGGCGAUAGAGGAGGAGGUGGUGUGUGUGAAUCUGUGUGUUCUGUGGUGUGCCUCGUCGAGGGGCGAGCGAAGGCUUGAAAGAGGGCGAGAGAGAAGCGAAAAGAGUCUUCCUCAGCGAGAGCCUCUAAUCUGGUUGCUAUGGAAACAUAUGACCACAUAAAAGGAAGUCCAUUCUGAUAAUUCUGAUACCUGAGAUGCAACUGGACUGAAGAGUGGAACAGGAAAAAUUUUGCUGCCAACCUUAAUUACAAUGGCUACUGAUUCAGGGGAACCAGCUAGCACAGAAGAUUCUGAGAAACCUGAUGGAGUUUCAUUGGAAAACAGAGUUCCUCAGGUUUUAGCAACUUUGACAGUGGAAACUAGACUAAAGGAGAAAAGCAGUACCUUCUCAGCUUCCAGAGAAACUAUAGAAAGGAAGAGAUUCUUUCGAAAGAGUGUUGAGAUGACAGAAGAUGACAAAGUUGCAGAAUCUUCCUCCAAAGAUGAGAGAAUAAAGACUGCAACAAAUAUUCCAAGAGUAGAAAAGCUUCCUACAAAUGUGCUGAGAGGUGGACAAGAAGUUAAAUAUGAACAAUAUUCAAAGGGAACGUCAGAAUCUUCAAAAGAUUGUCUCAAGGAGAAAAAUGAAAAGGAAAUGGAAGAAGAAGCAGAAAUGAAGGCUGUAGCUACUUCUCCUAGUGGCAGGUUCCUGAAAUUCGACAUAGAGUUGGGAAGAGGAGCAUUUAAAACAGUAUAUAAAGGACUGGACACUGAAACAUGGGUUGAGGUUGCUUGGUGUGAGCUGCAGGACCGGAAAUUAACCAAAGCUGAGCAGCAAAGGUUCAAGGAAGAAGCAGAGAUGUUAAAGGGUCUCCAACAUCCCAAUAUAGUUCGAUUUUAUGAUUCCUGGGAGUCUACAUUAAAAGGAAAGAAAUGUAUUGUACUAGUGACUGAACUUAUGACAUCAGGAACCUUAAAGACGUACUUAAAACGAUUUAAAGUCAUGAAACCAAAGGUCUUAAGGAGCUGGUGCAGGCAAAUUUUAAAGGGGUUGCAGUUCUUGCACACUAGGACUCCUCCUAUUAUUCACCGGGAUCUAAAGUGUGACAAUAUUUUCAUCACGGGACCCACUGGAUCUGUGAAGAUUGGUGAUCUAGGACUAGCCACCUUAAUGCGCACAUCAUUUGCUAAAAGUGUCAUUGGGACUCCUGAGUUUAUGGCCCCUGAGAUGUAUGAAGAGCACUACGAUGAAUCUGUAGAUGUCUAUGCUUUUGGAAUGUGUAUGCUGGAAAUGGCUACUUCGGAGUAUCCUUAUUCUGAGUGCCAGAAUGCAGCUCAGAUAUACCGUAAAGUGACUAGCGGUAUAAAACCAGCAAGUUUCAAUAAAGUCACUGAUCCUGAAGUGAAAGAAAUCAUCGAGGGAUGUAUUCGUCAAAACAAAUCUGAAAGGUUGUCUAUCAGGGACCUACUAAACCAUGCAUUUUUUGCUGAGGAUACAGGACUAAGGGUGGAGUUAGCUGAGGAAGAUGAUUACUCAAAUUCAUCCCUGGCUUUAAGACUCUGGGUGGAAGACCCUAAAAAAUUGAAAGGCAAACAUAAGGACAAUGAAGCUAUUGAAUUCAGUUUCAAUUUAGAAACGGAUACACCUGAGGAAGUAGCAUAUGAAAUGGUCAAGUCAGGAUUCUUCCAUGAAAGUGAUUCCAAAGCUGUUGCCAAGUCCAUUAGAGACCGGGUUACCAUGAUAAAGAAGAUAAGGGAGAAUAAGCCAGCUGGCUGUUUGGAAGAACGCAGGGAUUCUCAGUGCAAAUCUGUGGGGAAUGUACUCCCUCAGCCCCAGAAUACAACUUUGCCCCUUCCUCCUGCUCAGCACACUGGGGCUGAAUGUGAAGAAACUGAAGUUGAUCAACAUGUGAGACAACAGCUUCUACAAAGAAAACUACAACAACACUCCUCCUCUGUUACAGGUGACAAUUUGUCCGAGUCAGGAGCUGGAUACUCAGAUACUUCAAGUCAGCCCAGUAUAGCCUAUUCCUCAGACCAGAUGAUGGGCUCUCAAAUGGUUUCUAACAUCCCACAGGCUGAAAUAAAUGUCCCAGGGAAAAUUUAUCCAUCCCAGCAGCUAGUGGGACAUUACCAGCAGAUUUCAGGGUUGCAGAAGCAGCCAAAGCUGACUCAGCCCCAAAUUUUGCCUUUGGUUCAAGAUCAGUCCACUGUUUUGCCUGUACAUGUCCUUGGACCUCCAAUUGUCCCACAACCCCAGGUUUCACCAGUCACUGUACAGAAGAUCUCACAGAUAAAGCCUGUAUCCCAAGCGUUUGGAGCUGAACAACAAGCACCUCUUCCAAAACCAGAUUUAGUUCGAAGUUUGAAUCAUGAUGUGGCAGCUGUGAAGGAUAACACUAAUACCCCUGAUAACCCAAGUGGAAAUGGCAAACAAGAUCGGAUCAAACAGAGAAGAGCUUCCUGUCCUCGAUCAGAGAAGGGGACUAAAUUCCAGCUUACGGUCCUUCAGGUGUCAACCUCUGGAGACAACAUGGUGGAGUGUCAACUGGAGACACACAAUAACAAGAUGGUCACUUUCAAGUUUGAUGUUGAUGGUGAUGCACCUGAGGACAUUGCAGACUAUAUGGUCGAAGAUAACUUUGUCCUGGAAAGUGAAAAAGAAAAAUUUGUGGAAGAAUUGAGAGCUAUUGUAGGUCAAGCCCAGGAGAUCCUUCAUGUCCACUCUGCUACAGAAAGAGGUGCUGGAGUUGACUCUAUUACCAUGGAAUCCAGCAGUAGCCAAACAGGAUCAUCUGAACAAGUACAGAUAAAUUCCGCAUCCACUCAAACCAGCAAUGAAUCUGCUCCUCAGUCAUCCCCAGUUGGUAGAUGGCGAUUCUGUAUCAAUCAAACAAUAAGAAGCCGUGAGGCUCAAUCUCCUCCUUCUCUUCAGCAGUCCAUGUCUACAGUUCCUGGGCUAAAUGUACUUUCUAGUCCAAGAAUCAUAAGUAAUAAGGAAAUAUCACAGGACACACUGCUUACUCUAGAAAAUAAUCCAUGCCAGCGUGUACUUUUUACCUCCACAUCAGAGCACAAGGAUGUAGUUGAUGGUAAGAUUUCUGAAUACACCAGUGUAGAAACUAAGCAUCCAGCUAUGCUUUAUCAAGUGGAAGAUGACAGGCAGAUAAUGGCACCAGUUGCUAGUAGCUCCAGUCAUAUUGCUGCUUCAGUUCAUGCAGUUCCAUUUGAAUGUGAGGGACUCACCAACCAAGCAGGCAUAUUUACACCUGUGUAUCCAGGUCACCAAGCUGCCAGUCAGGCAGCUCCUGACGAGUCAACUCCAGUUGCUGGUAACUCUCUUACAACUCCUGCAUUUAUGUCUGAUCAAAAGCCUCAGUCCUUACCAGUGCAGCAGCCAACUAUGGAUACAGAGUUUAUAUUCCAAGAAGGAGAAGCCUCAGUGAACACAGAGACAAGUUCUCCUAAGAUGGUCAUUCCCACUCACAUCACUGGCCUUGAACCAUCUGCUCUUCUACCUGCCACUGUUCUGGAAUCAGAUGGAGAGAGACCCCCAAAAAUGGAGUUUGCAGACAACCGAAUUAAAACUCUGGAUGAAAAAUUAAGAAAUUUACUCUAUCAGGAGCAUAGCAUAUCUAGCAUCUAUCCUGAGAGUCAGAAGGACACCCAAAGCAUAGACUCUCCAUUUUCUUCCUCUGCUGAAGAUACACUCUCAUGUCCAGUGCCAGAAGUUAUAGGCAUCAGUCACUGUGGAAUUCAAGAUAGUCCUGCACAGUCCCCUAAUUUUCAGCAGACAGGCUCUAAGAUUCUGUCCAAUGUGGCUGUGAGUCAGCCUGCUAACAUAACAGUUUUCAAAAGGGACCUGAAUGUGAUAACUUCUAUACCCAGCGAAUUAUGUUUACAUGAGAUGUCCCCAGAUGCUUCACUUCCAGGGGAUCCAGAGGCCUAUCCUGCUGCUGUGUCAAGCGGUGGAGCCAUUCAUCUGCAGACAGGAGGUGGAUAUUUUGGCCUAAGCUUUACUUGUCCUAGUCUCAAAAAUCCUAUUAGCAAGAAAUCCUGGACUCGCAAAUUAAAAAGCUGGGCAUACAGGCUACGGCAGUCAACCAGCUUUUUCAAGAGAUCAAAAGUCCGUCAAGUGGGAACCGAAGAAGAUAUGAGAUCAGCGGUUGCUCCUGACCCCAUUCCUCUGACAGGAGAGUCCACAGCUGUUCCUAGGGCUUUGAGUAGAUGUAAAGCAAUGAGUGGAUCAUUUCAGCGGGGUCGGUUCCAGGUGAUUACAGUUCCUCAGCAGCAGUCAGUGAAAGUGACAUCUUUUGGAAUAGAGCACAUACCAGCAUUCAAUAAAAAGACAAGCCAAUCUAGUGAAGAAGCUGUAGCCCUUACUGAAACCACAAAGUCUCAGUUGGUAGAAAUGGAACCUGCUACACACAAUCCACAAACUUCAUUUUCUUCUCAGAAGUUGCCAGCUCUUCAGGAAACCUUCAAAGAAGAUAAAAGAGUUCCCAAACAAACUGACAACUUCUCAUCAUUCAGUACAGGAUGUGAGACUGAUGUAUCUUCAAUGACCCCGGAAAAGGAAUUGGAGGAAAAUUCAGCCGCAGGAAGUAGCAUGCAGUCUGGAUCUGAACUGUUGCUUAAAGAGCAAGAAAUACUUACUGUUGGGAAACAGCCUAGCUCUGAUAGUGAAUUUUCAGCCACUCUUGCUGGCAGGGGGAAAUCAGUGGCAAACACUGGUUCCGAGAGAGAAAAGUGCUUAUCACUCCAUGAAGAUAAACCUUGUGUUCAAACACAGAGCUCACUCUUCUAUUCACCAUCUUCCCCAAUGAGCAGCGAUGAUGAAUCAGAAAUAGAGGAUGAGGACUUAAAGGUGGAGCUUCAAAGAUUACGAGAAAAACACAUUCAGGAGGUGGUAAAUCUUCAAACCCAGCAGAACAAGGAGCUGCAGGAGCUCUAUGAACGCCUUCGAGCAAUUAAAGAUAGCAAAGUCCAAUCAUCAGAGACUCCUUUACCACCUGCAUCACCACGUAGACCAAGAUCUUUCAAAAGCAAACUUCGAAGCCGUCCCCAGUCCCUGACACAUGUGGACAGUGGUCCAGUUGCUACAGAUCCACCGUGUGUGGAAAGUAGUGCAGCAUCAUGCCAGCCAUCUCCAGCUAGUAAAAAAGGGAUGUUCACAGAUGACUUACACAAACUGGUGGAUGACUGGACAAAGGAAACAGUAGGAAAUUCUCUUAUUAAGCCAAGUUUAAACCAAAUUAAACAGAGUCAACAGAAACUAGAGACAGACAACUGGAACAAAGUAUAUGAAAAUACUCCAUCUACUAUGGGCUACACAUCAACAUGGAUUUCUUCUAUGUCCCAAAUCCGUGGAGCUGUCCCAACCUCCUUGCCACAAGGACUCACACUCCCUUCAUUUCCUGGGCCAUUAUCAUCAUAUGGAAUGCCCCAUGUUUGUCAAUAUAAUGCUGUAGGAGGGCCAGGUUAUCCAGUACAGUGGGUAGGAAUUUCAGGAACACCACAACAGUCUGUAGUAAUUCCUCCCCAGUCUGGGGGACCAUUCCAGCCAGGGAUGAAUUUGCAGGCAUUUCCAGCUUCAUCAGUGCAAAAUCCAUCCACAAUCCCUCCUGGUCCCAAGUGAAUCAUAGUAGAUGAUGAAGAAAAGGGAGAUUUUUUUUCAGAGUUAUUUCCGGGACACCUAAGAUAGUAAACUUUCUUCUUCUUGGGUUCUGCCACAUUUCCCCUCAUUUUGAGUUUACUUUCCACUGUAUUUUUUGUUCCAAUGUAGUAUUUGAUAUAGCACAUCAUCCUAUAGAACUGUGCAGUUUGUACAUAGAACACUGCACACAGAAAUGUUUUUUCACUUCAAAUCCUAUCCUCUUUGAUACUUGAUUUUUUAAAAAUACCGUUCAGAAUGCUUUAAAAAGCUCAGCUUGAGCAAUACCAUUUCCAGGACACUUUUCAUGCAUUGCUGAGAAGCCCCCAUUUUUUAUUGCUGCUCUCUGCAGCUGGAUGAUACUUUUCUUUAAAAGUUGUAAAAACUAUUUACAUUGAUAUUCCCCAAAUGUGGACAAAGUGAGACCCUCCAACAGCCAGAGUCUUAUGGGAUUCUUCACAUCUUUAUCUUAGGUUUACCUUUCACAGAAGGCAGGGUAACUUGCUGCAGGAAAUGUUUUGGUGUAUAAAAUUGGAAUAACUUUGUCAACCAGUAUAGAACAUGAGCCCUUUUUAAUGUGAUUUUCUUCCCGUCAUCACAGCAGUAGGAGUGAAACCUUGUUUUAGGUGAGGCGGAGAGAAAGGAAAAAAACAGAACUGUAACAGUUCCUUGAUUUCUGCAGAUACUGUAGCUGCUUUAGGAUUUCCAUAGUAAUUCAAAGUAGCUAUCUCCUUGUUUCUCAUAUGCACACUGCAUUGUUUUGAGCAUCUGAGAGGCAUUGGUUUGGCUUCCAUUCUUUUGCAAGGGAUAUAUUGCAGCUGAUAUGGAUCUCAUUUGGGGGGAAUCUUUAUAUUCCUAACAAAGAGGAUUCAAGUUACACCUCUAUUAAUCUGUUCUUCUAAAGUGAAAUUUACUUGACACAGUAGGUUUUGUAGGUUUUGAAACUUACACAUGAAACACUGGCUUUACAGGGUUCUAAGAGAUGUGGGGUAUACACUGUCCUGCAGUAGAUAGUAGACCCUCAAAGGAUACUAUUUAAGUUGCCCUUAGCUUUUUUUUGGGGGGGAUUACCAUUUUUUUGGUUAUAGUUUCUUGUUAGUAUCUAUAGCAUCUUAGAUGAUUUUAGGUCUUAGAUGACUUUGGCAGCCUCUUUAGAAUCUGAGAGAGAUCACUGUCAAGUUGCACUUUACUGGGUUUUAUCCAGUUUUAGGAGGAGGGGAGGCAAUGUCAAAAUAUACACUUUUGGUUUUCAAGAAGGUUAACUGUAAUAAUCUUAAAAGGCUAGUCACAGAGUUACCUAAUGCUCAGUCUGUGAAACCCAAAUAUAAUUCUAAAAUGGUAUUUAUUGACUGCCACAUAUAAACAUAAAAAUACUUACUUUCCACUCUGAACAGUUCAAGGUCAUUUCUAGUACACAUUUACCUAAUAAUGAAUUCUGUCUAUUGGUUAACAUUCCAAAUGAUCACCCAACAUUUCUGUUGAUAGAUUUUCCUUCAUAUUCCUCUAAAAACUUUACCCCGUGAUCUUGCCAAGUAAUGAGGAAACAUUGGGUGUACUUUUUUUUGCACAGUCUUUGCAACAUUCAGUAUCCUUUUUUUAAUGUGUCUUAUAUUGCUUACCUGAGGAUCACACUCAGCAUCAUGAAGAUUCUGUUGCUAUUAUUCGGAGCAUCCAAGGCAGCAUUUUGAGAAUUGCUGUUAAUAAGAGCUACAAUAUCUUUUCAUAAAGCAUACUUUUGGUUUGGACAAGUCUUUCUAAAUCUUAUGUACUGAUUCUUCAAAUUUCUUCUACAGUAUUGGUUUGCAAGUUGAAGUGAUUUUAGGACAUUAGUGUAAUGCAAAUUUUUGCACUGCAGUGUUUUCCAUGUAUACAAAAACAAUGUGCCUAAAAUCUGUAAUUCUUUAAAACUGCUUACGUUUCA